AUGGAGUUGGGCCUCGGGCCCACGAUCGACGGUUUCCGCUCAGCAAUUGCAGAAUGCGGAGCACAACGACGUUGGGAGAGGGCACUGCUACUGUUGACCAAGCUCGAAAGACGACAGCUGCAUCCCGAUGCGUCCAUAAUGGCGGUGGCCAUGCGGGUUUGCUCAAUGUCCGCUCAGUGGCAGCAAGCCCUUCACUUUCUGGAUGUGCUUCAGGAGAAAGAUGUCAAGAUGACGGCCCGCCACUGCACGCUGGCCAUCAGUGCCAUGCAGGCCAGUGGGGACUGGGCUCGUGCUUUUUCUUUGCUGGCGUUCAUGGCCCAAAGGGGCUUGCCGGCUACAGGUGAAACUUACACUUGGUCAAUCCGCACCUGCGCACAAGCAUCUGAAUGGGGCAGGGCAUUCAGCCUCCUUGAUCGCAUGAACAAGGAGAGCAUUGAUCCCGACGAAGGCACAUAUAGACAGCUGGCCGUGUUGUGUAGAAAGGCUGUGCUAUGGGAACAUGGGCUGCAGUUGCUUGCUGACAUUCGUGCAUUGCAAGUGCCAUGGGAUCUCUCAGUGGCACUUGGCGCUGUCAGCAUGGCAUGCAUACGUGCCAGGGAAUGGCAGCGGGCUGCUGCAGCCCUUGCAGCCUUUGAGGGACAGCCGAUGGAAACCAACUAUUUCCUUAACUUGGCGCAAAUCACAGUCUGGCAGGAGCAAAAACAGUGUGAUGGCUGGGAGGCUGCGUUUGCCUGGUUGGCCCAGAAGGAUUGCCUAGACUCGUUGGACGAUGACAUUGCAUGCCCUGUGAUUCGUGCCUGUGGCUCUGAGUGGCAGAAGGCGCUGGAAUGGAUGCUGGCUCUUCAGGAACAAGGUGUGGCAGUCACCACCAACAUGUACCAACAGCUGGUGCGCAUGCGUGCGGCAGACGACGAUGAUGAUGAAGAUUAUGAGGAUGAGGAGGAUUUCAGUCUGUCGUAG